UGCUGCAGAUCUGCUUGCAGCCAAAGGUGCUGGACGGCUUCUUGAAGCACCAUCUCCUCUGGUACCGAUUCUUUUGACUGAUUCCAAAAGGUUGCACUGUUCAAGCGGUGGGGUUUGAGGCUCGGCCACGUAAAGGAAAUCCAUGGCAGAGACCCGAAGCCCAAGCUUUUUGGUUGGCGGCGGCGGCGCUGGGAGCAAGCGCGGCAGCGGCGUCAUGGAGGACAGGGAUGAUCAACACGCGAUCUUCCAAAAGAAAUCCAACUUGGGAGCGCCGCCACCGUGGAAUUGGGACCCUGCCGCCGCAUUAGCAAGCGCUCGCCAUGAGUUCGGAGAGCACGGCGGCGUGAACAUGUCCAUCGAGGCCUCCGCGACGUUCACCGUCAUGGAGCCGGAGACCAUGCGCCGCAUGUUCGCCGGCGAGCUCGGUCCCGAUCGUGACUUCUUCAUCUACAGCCGUCACUUUAAUCCCACCGUCCUGAACCUCGGCCGUCUGAUGGCCGCCCUUGAAGGCACCGAAGCCGCCUACUGCACCGCCAGUGGCAUGUCGGCCAUCUCGUCGGUGCUGUUGCAGCUCUGCAGCAGCGGCGGAAACAUAGUGGCGUCGAGGACCUUGUACGGCGGAACCCACGCCCUGUUGACCCACUUCCUCCCCAGGGCCUGCAACAUCACCACCACGUUUGUCGACAUCGGUGACCUUUCCGCGGUGGAGAAUGCCAUCGUGGAGGGCAAGACCAAGGUGUUGUACUGCGAGGCCAUAUCGAAUCCCACUCUGACGGUGGCCAACAUACCUGAGCUCAGCCGGUUUGCUCAUGACAAGGGAGUGAAAGUGGUGGUGGACAACACAUUUGCCCCCGUGGUGCUUUCACCGGCUCGUCUCGGUGCUGACGUGGUGGUUCAUAGUAUCACCAAGUUCAUCAGUGGUGGGGCCGACAUCAUCGCAGGAGCUGUAUGUGGACCGGCAUGGCUGGUGAAUUCGAUGAUGGACGUUCACCAAGGGGCUCUGAUGCUUCUGGGACCAACCAUGAAUCCCAAGGUGGCUUUUGAGCUCUCUGAAAGAAUUCCACAUCUUGGCCUGAGGAUGAAGGAGCACUGCGCCAGAGCACUCGUCUUCGCCACCAGACUCAAGAAGCUCGGCUUGAGGGUCAUCUACCCAGGCCUCGAAGAUCAUCCGCAGCAUCAUCUUCUCAAGUCCAUGGCCAACAAGGAUUAUGGCUAUGGCGGCCUGCUCUGCGUCGACAUGGAAACAGAGGAGAGGGCCAACCGCUUCAUGAACAUCCUCCAGAACCACGCGCAGUUCGGCUUCAUGGCCGUUAGCUUGGGCUACUACGAGACACUCAUGUCGUGCUCUGGAAGCAGCACCAGCAGUGAGCUGAGCCCGGAGGAACAGAAACUCGCCGGAAUCUCGCCGGGUCUGGUGAGGAUGUCCGUCGGAUAUGUUGGGACAUUGGAGCAGAGAUGGUCUCAGCUUGAAAAGGCUCUCUCUCUUCUUCAUGAAUAUGGCCUCCCCAUCAAGAAUUAAACCCUCUGCUUCAUUUUCUUCAUCAGUAUCCUCUGUACGUAGAAAUAUAGUUCUCUUGUUCCUCAAUUACUGUGGUUGUGCUCUGCUUCUGGAGUUUGGCUAUGAACUUACCGAGUUUAUCUAAUGUCUCUAAACUUGUCUA